AGUGUCCUGUCAUGUCCCUCUCCGCAGGAUCAUGGCUGAGAUGCAGGCACUAGUGGAGCGCUUGGAGCGGGUCGUGGUUCGGCUGGAGACUGUGGCCGGUUCUGGGCAUGGCGAGGCAGGAGAUUGUGCUGCGUCCGGAGACGUGGCUGCAUUCGUGGAGGGGUAUGACUGCCUGCUGUCAGGCCCCGUGGCCGAGUACUACUCCCACAGCCAGCAGAUAGGGGGCGAUGUCCUGAAACACGCUGAGAUGGUGAAGCUGGCUCUGAACUCACAGAGAGCACUGCUGCUGAAGGCCUCGCAAUGCCAGAAACCGUCGGAGAGCGAGCUGGCUGUGCUGCUCAAACCCGCCUCCACUCAGAUCCAGCAGAUCCAGGAGUUCCGGGAGCAGAACCGGAGCAGCAAGCAGUUCAACCACUUGUCAGCUGUGAGCGAGAGCAUCCCUGCGCUGGGCUGGGUCGCCAUGAGCCCCAAGCCUGGCCCCUUUGUGAAGGAGAUGAAUGACGCUGCCAUGUUCUACACCAAUCGCGUCCUCAAGGAGUUCAAAGACACGGAUAAGAAGCAUGUGGACUGGGUGAAGGCGUACCUGAGCAUCUGGUCUGGACUGCAGGCUUACAUCAAGGAGCACCACACCACGGGCCUGGCCUGGAGCAAGACAGGUCCCAAGGCCUCUCCUGCCCCUCCAUCUGCUUGUGGAGCCCCGCCCCCUCCUGGCCCGCCCCCUCCUCCUGCUCCAGUCAAAUCCUCAUCCGGGGCCAGUGAGGACCGCUCCUCCCUCUUCGCAGAGAUCAACAAGGGUGCCAACAUCACCAAGGGUCUGAAGCACGUCAGCGAUGAUCAGAAGACCCACAAGAACCCGGCUCUGAAAGCCCAAGGGAGUUCGGUCCGCAGCGGUCCCAAGCCCUUCAUCACCUCCAAACCAGCUGUCGCCACGAACAAACCGGCAGCCAAGAAAGAGCCACCCGUGCUGGAGCUGGAUGGGAAGAAGUGGAGAGUGGAGCACCAGGAGAAUGCGCAGGGGCUGGUGAUCAGUGACACGGAGCUCAAGCAGGUCGUCUACGCCUUCAAGUGCACCGGCAGCACCCUGCAGAUCAAGGGCAAGAUCAACUCCAUCACCCUGGAUAACUGUAAGAAGCUGGGGCUCGUGUUUGAUGACGUGGUCGGGAUUGUGGAGGUGAUCAACUGCAAGGAUGUCAAGAUCCAGGUCCUGGGGAAGGUCCCCACCAUCUCCAUCAACAAGACAGACGGCUGCCACGUGUACUUGAGCCCCUCCUCCUUGAGCUGCGAGUUGGUGAGCGCCAAGAGCUCCGAGAUGAAUGUGCUGGUGCCUGGCGAGGGCGGAGAGUUUACGGAGCUGCCGGUUCCGGAGCAAUUCAAGACGGUGUGGAACGGCAGCAAGCUGGUCACCACGGCAACAGAGAUUGCAGGAUAGAGGGGGACACCCCCUCCCCCUCCCCCCUCCCCCCGUCCCCAAACAACCAACCACAGAGUGGCACAGCAUUCAUUGGCUUCUGUCAUCAAAUCGGAGAACAGCUUGUUUUUUAAUCUGCAUUCCUUCAUCCAAUCAAAAAGCAGCUUUCUCUAAUGGACAUUCCUACAUCCAAUCACGGAUCUCUCUCUCUUUGGAGGGUGGGGACUGGGAGGUAUACUAUCCAAUCUGCUGUCUCUGUGUCGGGGGGCGAGGGGAGGAUAUGUGUACUCAGAUAUGCAACUGCACAUUACACCUCGCCUGUCAUUCCUUUACAAUCAUUAAUCGAGUCAUUCCUUCAUUAGAAGAAGAAUAAUAAAGAAAAUGCUUCUUUCAUGUUUUUUUGAUUAUGUUCAAGUCUCCCUGGACUGGAGGGGGUUUCUGUGUGAUUUUAGCCUCGUUUCAGCGCUGCUCUGCGGGAAGCAGACUGGCUUUGUGGUGGCUAUAACAGAUGCAGCCUGGACUGCGCAUGCGCUGGAUUGCCUGCUCUUUCUUUCUGCUCUUUGAUUUCAGAGUCCGGUUGAAUCUCAGCGGCACGCACAUGCAGCACUUCAAUUAUUAUUUUUUUUGUUCAGCUUCUUAAAAGCAGAAACGGACGAGCCAGGCUUUCGGAAUGUUUCGAGAGCGAAGGCGUUUUCAGAGCGGUUUGUGCAGUAGUGGAGAUGAUAUUGAUAUUAAUGAUAUUAAAUGUUUGUGUGGCGUCUGCCGCAGGAAUAACACUGCGAUCGUGCGGGCAGCUCCAGUGUGAUUCUGCUGGGUUAGAUCUGGGUUAGCGGGUGUUCGUUUAACGGUUUGCAGUUCAGAUCUGUUUGUGGCGAGGUAGGUUACCGAGGAGAGCUUGAGUUUGAAAUCGAGGGACCGGAGCGCUUUUAUUGUUCAUAAUUACUUACCGAUCACUUAACAUUCCUUUAUUUUAUUAAAAUAUAUCAGAAUUGGGGAGAGAGAGAGGAGGGGGG